AUGCAAGUCGGUUCCCGAGCCACUGACUCGUCUCUUGGACCGUUGCAACCAGCAGUCUCGUGCGCCAACGAGCUCUUCACCAUCGAGCGCGCCUGUCCCGCUUGUGAAGCCGUGCUGGACCGGCCCGACGAUGUCGUCGUCAGCUCACUCAACCCUUCCGCAGACUACCGGUCCGUGAGUGGCCCCACCUCGGCGUCCGUGUUCGCCAUCAGCGAUGCACAAGACCGAUCGGCUCCCAAGCUGGACACCCGGAUCUGGGCCGACACUAACCGAGUUGAGACCUCUGCCGGCGAUAUUGACCAGUCCGUCUUGGCCGGACUUGCGCCGGCCAUCGUCAUGGAGAUUGCCGCGCGCAGUCUGCAGUUCUGGCAGUAUCAGUGCUCCCAAGAGGCAGCGUUCCAGGCGAUGAUCCUAAGGAACGCUCAGGAGAAGAAUGCGGUCCUCGAGCAGCGUCUGCAAGGGUAG